UCGGCAGGAGACGUCGUCACACCUCGCUCAUCCUCCGCAUCGUCAAGACGUUCAUUGCUCACGCUACCACGCCACGGGCAUCGUUUUUUCUUAUCAAAAAUUAACCAUAAGUCCUUUUCACAUUCUUGAUUGUUUCUCGAUCGAUCGUUUGUCGGGUAUCAGCCUCAAAUUUCGAACGAAAUAUUUGAAAUCUAAACUUGAUAUUUCGUGUUAUUCUACAAUUCAACCAAAUUCAAAGGAGUUUCUCAACGACAUACGCGUAUAAUAUCAUCGAUAUUUGCGAUUAUUAAACCAGAUAUCGAUGCUAUCGAUCAAUAUGCGAAUCUUCAAAACGGUGUUGCUACUCGCCGCGUUCUGUUCUAACAGAGUUGCGCAGUGUUUACCGAUUGCGAACGAAACAUCGAUUGUGGAAUCAUCGAAUCCGACAACAUCGACUCCCUUCAAUUCUACAAUCGAUUAUUACGAUCAGCGACAAAACGGAUCUGAGAAUUAUCGUGUUCACGUGGAUGGCGUGAUGCUCGUCAUUGCUCCUGUUGAGACACUCCUUCUAGCAGGUGCUGCUGACAAUAAUAAACCUAGUUUGCCGGCAAUUGAUUCUUCAAAACCACCAUCGAGUAAACCGGAAAUCAAUCUUAAACUGUCACCAAUGUCCAAGUCAGCACAAAGGACUGGCUUACGCUUGGCGAAUUUAUUGGUUCCUCUGUUGCGUCGUAUUCGCCAUGAAUGAAGAAUUCAAACUUUUAUACGAAACACAAAAUAUUUACGUAAAACUUAAUUGCUCCAUUA